AAAUCUGACAUUAAACGGAAGUGGUGUUACAGCGCCACCAAAACAUUGGAUAGUAAUGAGAGGAUACUUCGUUGAUUUUUUUACUCUGGCUUUGAUAAGUAAAAAUAAUGUGGACCUAGUUCGAUAUUAUGGAGGAUGCUCUUAGUCGCAGUUCUGUUGAAUCUUCAUCAACCAAUGACGACUACGUAGUAGUAAAUGGAGAACCCAAAUUGAAAAUAACAGGUGAUAUUAAUGAUCUGAAUGAUGAGGUGUCUCAGUCCUCCAAGAAGAUGGCCUUGACCUUGACCCCCUCCAGUUCCCUGGGGACUGACCCCCAGUCUCCCAUUAGUUCUGUAGACAAUGUAUUCCCCAACAGUCUAUCUACAGGGGCCAUCAGUGAGGAGUCCACACCAGGAGAAGGUAAAGGGAGAUCAAUGUCUCUGCCUGGGAUCACAGAUGAGGGCUAUACAACAUUCAAUGGAGUUACCUACCUUGGAUGCGCUUUGGUGAAUGCUCCCCGGAGUGAGGUGGAGAUAUAUCGCAAUAUGUCAAUACUUAACGAACAGUCCAAACAGGCCAUUCCAAUAGAACUCCUUGUUCCGAGGACCUCAGAGGGAAAUGUCAGAACAAAUGGAGUGGUUAGAUUGGUAGAUCCCGGCACAGACACGGACAUAGCCUGCUACAAAAUCCACCGUAUCCUGUUCUGUGCCAGGGGACCCUCAGACAGCGAGGAGAAAAUGUGCUUUGCAUUUACGUGUAGUCAUGGGGACUCUCCGGAUUCUGCAAUAUUCCAGUGCCAUGUUUUCAGAUGUGAACUGCAUGAAGCUGUUGCUAAAAUAUUGUACUCAUUUGCAACAAGUUUCCGACGUUUACCGAAGACUUCGGUACGAUCAGCAUCCAGCAUAAGUGAAGCUGAAGUAACAGCUGUGUUCAGUGUUAAUUUGGAGUUCAAGGAGGAUGAUGGAAAGGGGAGCUACAGCACUUGUCCUAAAGACAAAAACAUGUUUAAAUUCCGAUGUGACUAUGACAAAAAAAUUGUGAUUUCUGUGACUCAGACGGGAAAUAAAGAACUUCGAAUUGAAAGGUGUUUUGGAUUACUUUUGUCACCUGGCCGUAAUAUCAAAGAUGGAGACAUGCACCUCAUAGAGAUGAAUUCCAUGGGUUAUUCGAGUGAUGGGAGAACUUAUUCCAUCUCAGGAAACUGGGACAUUUCUGAAGAGUGCUUCAAGGUCCUUAACACCGAGACACCUAAAGACACCCGUGUGUUCUUAACCGUGGCGGUGGAUUUGGUCAUCUGUGGGAUUCAGGAACCAGUUAGGUUUGCCAUAGAAACAAAGGCCAAAAUCUUCCCUCACAAUGAACGCUUCUGGUACUUCACCAAGAAACCCCACCAAGAACAAUUCUAUGUCAAGUUAAAACUCACCGAGACUGAGGCCCCCGAUGUUGUGCAAUAUGAAGUAGUGGAGGUCCAAAGUCAAACACAGAUAGAUAGGCAGAAGGCAGGAAUGAGUCUACAGGGCCUCAAAUUCAACAGACAAAUGUCUGAGGGUGUCCAGUCUCCUCAGGACCCAGAGGAGGAGUCAGAUGGAGAUGAGCCCCUACUUAGUGGGUCAGGAGUGGUCAGCAAGGAAGUUACCGAUGACAACCUGCUGGAGGCGUGGCAUGAGGUUCUGGUCAAGUGGCAUCAGAGCCUGUCUCAGAGGCCCAAACAGGUCCAGCAGCUGGCAAGGAAAGGCAUUCCAGAGGCACUUCGAGGGGAGGUUUGGCAACUUCUGGCAGGUUGUCAUGACAACUCAGAACUAAUGGAGGCCUAUAGGGUCCUUAUUACUAAGGAAUCUCCAACAGAGAGUGUGAUCCAGAGAGACAUCAACAGGACAUUCCCUGCCCAUGCUUUCUUUAAGCAGUCCGGGGGGCUGGGCCAAGAUUCACUCUACAGAAUCAGUAAAGCCUACUCUGUGUAUGAUGAGGAGAUUGGAUAUGUGCAGGGGUUGUCUUUCUUGGCUGCUGCCCUUCUACUUCAUAUGCCCGAAGAACAGGCUUUUUCGGUGUUAGUGAAAAUCUGUUUUGAUUAUGAAUUGAGAGAUUUAUUCAAACAAGGAUUUGAAGUGCUGCAUUUAAAGUUUUACCAGUUGGAGAGGUUGAUGCAGGACAUGAUGGGCGACCUGUAUGAACACUUCACAGAGAUGGGGCUGGAGAUCCACAUGUUUGCAUCUCAGUGGUUCCUCACUCUCUUCACCGCAAAAUUCCCACUGUUUCUAGUCUUUCACAUUCUAGAUCUUUUCCUUUGUGAGGGCAAAGAUUUCAUUUUUAAUGUUGCAAUAGCUCUACUGAAGAUGUCCAGGAAAGAUUUGUUGGCAUUAGACUUUGAAGGUGUUUUGAAAUACUUCAGAGUUCAUAUGCCCAAAAAGUACCGGACAGAGGAAGCAGCCAAGGAAUUGAUGGCUGUUGCUGUCAGUGCUAAGGUGAACAGCAAGAAGCUGAAAAAGUAUGAGAAAGAAUACAUAACCAUAAAAGAACAAGAAAUGCAACAGGAGGACCCAAUAGAGAGGAUGGAGAGAGAGAACAAGCGCAUGGUGGAGGACAACAUGAGAUUGGAGCAGGAGAACGAUGACCUGGCUCAUGAACUUGUGGACAGCAAACUCACACUAAAGAGUGAACUGGAUGAGGUCCAAGACGAGAACAAAGAAAUGAAGACGGAUUUGACAAAAUGUAAAAAACUUCUGAAGGACACUCAGGAAGAAAAACAACGCUUGGAGGUGGAAACCCAACAGGUCAAGGAAAUGUGUAGGAAGGAACUGGACAGACUGGAGUCGGAGAAUUCCAGGAAUGUCGUCAUAGUGGCUGAUUAUAAACAGAUCUGUACUCAGCUGAGUGAGAGGCUGGAGAAACAGCAGACAGCACACAGAGAGGAACUCUCAAGGAUCAAGACAUUAGUGAAGUCAUGUGAAACCUGUUCUAAAAUGUUUGAUGCUGAGGGGAAAGUGAAUUUACCUGAACCAAAAAUGGACCCUGAGAAAAUGAACCCUAAAAUUGUGGAUUUACAACAACAGAUUCGUGAGCUGGAGCUGGAAUUAGCUCAGACUAAGCUGGCAUUGGUGGAAUCCGAGUGUAAGACUCAGGAUCUGACACAUUCACUGAAUGCUGCCGUGAGUGAAAUCCAGGCAUCAAAAAAUACCUGGUUCACAAAGACUCUCAACUCCAUCAAAGAAGUGGCAAACACACACACUGGUAAAAAGGAACCAAAGGAUUGAUCAACUGUGAAAGCAAUUCCAUAUACCCUCUAGUGCAAUCCAGCUUGUGAUAUGUAUUGUUUUAUUAUUGUAUGUUGUAACCAUUUGCUAAAGUAAAGCAAUGUCAUAACUUGUC